AGCUUAAACACUUCACUAAGAAGCUUAUGGUUCCCUCUCUGUACAGCACCUCGCUGACAAUCCUCUGCACUGGACAAAACGCUGCUCACAUCUCCAGCAACAAAUACCUGAGGAAAUACAGAGGGUUCUCUUGUGAAGUUCCUGCAGUGAUCACCUGCAGCCAUGUGUGACCAGACGUUCGUGGCGGUCACCUUUGGCCCCUGCGACAACUGCACGAAGGCCAGUCCCCUGAUGAACAUCUACAUCAAGACUGAGGCCAUCAACUACUGCUCCCUCUGCGUGGAACUGAUGGCCUGUCAGGGGCUCCAGAAGGGGGAAACCCUGGCGUCUCUGAAGACGGAGAGCGACGGUCUGAAGAAGAAGCUGGAGGUGGAGCGGGGCAAGCUGAACGACGUGGAGUUGCACCAGGUGGCAGAGAAGACCGAGGUGUUGGGCGCUCUCUCCAUAAAGACCAGACGAGUCCUGAAGGGCCACGGGGCCAAGGUGCUGUGUAUGGACUGGUGCAAAGACAAACGUCGUCUCGUCAGCUCUUCACAGGACGGAAAGGUGAUUGUGUGGGAUGCAUUCACUCUCAACAAGGAACAUGGGGUGUCCCUGCCAUGUACAUGGGUAAUGGCGUGUGCUUAUGCUCCCUCAGGUUGCGCUGUGGCGUGUGGUGGACUGGAUAACAAGUGCUCCGUGAUCCCGCUGUCGCUGGACAAAGAUGAGAACUUGGCCGCGAAGAAGAAGUCGGUCGCCAUGCACACCAACUAUGUGUCAGGCUGCACCUUCACCAACUCUGACAUGCAGAUGCUGACCUCCAGUGGUGACGGCACAUGUGCCCUGUGGGACGUGGAGAGCGGGCAGCUCCUGCAGAGUUUCCACGGUCACACAGCUGAUGUCUUGUCCCUGGACCUCGCCCCGUCUGAAACUGGAAACACCUUUGUCUCCGGGGGCUGUGAUAGGAAGGCCAACGUGUGGGACAUGCGCUCUGGUCAGAACAUCCAGUCUUUUGAGAGCCAUGAGUCCGACAUCAACUGUGUGAAGUACUACCCCAGCGGAGACGCAUUCGCUUCUGCUUCUGACGAUGCCACAUGCCGUUUCUAUGAUCUACGAGCUGACCGCGAAGUAGCCGUCUACCAGAAGGACAGCAUCGUGUUUGGUGCUUCCACUGUGGACUUCUCUCUGAGUGGUCGCCUACUCUUCGCUGGUUACAAUGACUACACCAUCAAUGCGUGGGACGUGCUGAAGGGAAAUCGUGUCUCCAUCCUGUUUGGCCAUGAGAACCGCGUCAGCAGAGUCAAAUUGUCACCUGACGGCACGGCCAUCUGCUCGGCCUCAUGGGACAACACCUUGCGGAUUUGGGCGUAGUGUCCUUACGACGGUUGUGAUCCAGCGAAGACAGCACCAGCAACGUGACUGCCAACGUUUGAAAUCAACACACAGAAACACGGAAACCUGAAAUGAGGAUAUGUCGCGCGAUACUAACUGUAUAGGGUGGUUAUUCAAUUUGGACACUUCACCAAGUUGGGAUUCACAGUCUUUGUUAUUGAUAGCUCCAUGUAUGAUAAUUCAUUUAAAGUGAUGUUGCUAAUAUAGUGGGAAGUAAUUUUCAAAGUGUAAAGAACCACAACAAGCUGUAGUGUUCAGCCCAGCUGUGAAGAUCUACACAGAGUGUAACGGCUGACCGUACCUGUAAAUUACACUCAUUGGUUUACCCUCCCGUCCGCUGUCCUGGGACAGAACAAUGAUGUCAUACUGUUGUAAUCGUUGGUACUGUUGUAGGUCACGUCACGAUUAUCCUGAGGGAGACAACUUUAAAUGUAACCUCUUGACUUUUUCAUACUUUCAAAUACUUCCGAACUAAUUUCUUGUAAAUCUUGUUGUGAGAAUAAUAAAGGGGUUAAGAUAUA